CAGUGGACACAUAUGUUCUAAAAAAGCAAAUGGAGGCGUCCAAUGAACAAACCAACGGAAUGCUUACGGUUCCAGGAACAGUUGUGGCGAAGCGUAAAUCGUUGUUGCCUUACUGUGAAUCUGCACGAUUUGUUUCAAGAUCGAAUAUUUUGGCAAGGGCAUCGAAUGCACAUUUAGCAAGCAACCAAAAAAAGAAAGAAGCUAAACCGAAAGACUCGUCAGGUAAACUUGGAGAUGACAUGAAUCAUCAUAAUUUGAAGGAAUUAGAAGAAAUUUUUCUCGAAGCAGCGGCCGAUUGCGACGCCGGGUUGGACAUGCAGCAGUUUCGCAUUGCUAUGAAGCGAACUAUGGGCGAACACAUCGAUGACAAUGAACUUGAUAUGAUAUUUAUGAAGGUUGAUACGAAUUGCGAUGGAACAGUGGAUUGGGACGAAUACCUUUCCUACAUGCUGCUGGAGUAUCAGGAGAAAGAAAAUAUGUUUUCCAUGGCCAAAGAUUCUCCUUUCCCCAAUCCUAUGGUGGAGAAGUCAUGUUCACAUAUAGAAUCGAUAUGCAAAAUUAGUAUGCUUUUGGCUUAUGCGCGACAAACAGCUGCAGAUGUUCUGCCUACUGUCGAUGAAACAGGUAGUCGUUAUAUCACCUUGUCUAAAGAAGGGAUUUUAAACAUCUGGGCCUCCGAUUGGCAAUUACAGAAAUCGUGUACGCUAGAGAGCAGUAGAGGUGUACAUAAGCCGCUGUGGGUAACAGACAUGGUGUGCAUGUCAAACUGUAACUGUAUUGUGGUUUCGUCAACCGAUUACGAAGUUUCCUUCUACUCCAUGACCGGUAAUAUGAUGCAACGGAAAUUUCAAAUUCAAGGUUUAAAGAGUUGCGCCCUUACAAUGGACUUCAAUUAUUCCGUGACCAAUCCCAAGCAAAGCAUUCUUCUAUGGGGCGACACCAAUGGAGGAAUAUACAUAAUGCGGAUUUACGACAACCCCAAUAUCUGUUUAUUUUCAUCCGCAAAAUGCCCAGGAAACAAAUGCACUCCUAGGAUUCUCCUGAAGGGGGUUGUCCCCAACGUGAUAGCUUCUUAUUUCCCGAAUGUUCACACCGGUUGGGUACAACAGUUGAAAUAUUACAUCAGCAGGAAACAGGGUCAAGAAUGUUUCGUUUCCGGAUCAAUGGAGGAAGAGAAGGCGCUCAACUUCGCUGACGUCACACAGAAAGUAUCCGGCUCUGGGAAAGAGCAAAGUGUCGUCAUAAAUAGAAAAUCUUCUUUUCGAAUUCGGAAAGGGGUAGUUUGUCUGGAUUAUGAUCCCGACUGGAACCUCAUUGUGACGGGAAGCCGUGAUUGUGACGUCAGAAUAUGGAAUCCAUACGUCGUGAGCAAAUCUUCUGCUGUGUUAAAAGGUCACACUUUCGCAGUCAUACAGGUUCAUGUAAGAGGCGGCGAACAUCAGAUUAUAAGUGUAAGCAAGGACAAAAACAUUCGAAUCUGGGACCUUCGAGAUUAUUCGUGCAAGCAGAAUAUACACAGCAGAAAUGUGAACUUGGGUCGCCUGGAUGUUAGCGCGACUUUUGUCAAUGAUCGAACAAAGGAACUCAUUCUAGCGACCAAUCAAAUCGGUUUAUUUCAAGUACGCGGCGCCUCAACGCCAAGUCAUAAACGCGGUUGGGUGAGAAGCCACCACAAGCCGAUCACGUGUGUUUUAUACAACAAACUCUUUAAACAGAUAGUAACAGGCAGUGAUGAUUCAAUGGUGGCCACAUGGGAUCUCAACACUGGUACAAAGACGAUGCAGUUUUGUACCGAACGAGAUGUCGAAAUUACAAGCAUGGCAUUCGACCCAACCUAUCGAAGACUAGCUACCGGGUCAAGAAACGGCUCCAUAGCGCUUUGGAAUUUCAACAACGGUGCUUGUCUCCGCCGGUUGCCGAAGACAGACGAACUUGAAAUUGCUGACGUCGUAUUCUGUAAACGACGAAUAGUUUCUGCGGGUUGGAACAAACACGUGACCACUUUCGCCGAUUCUUACGAAGACGAAACUUCGCGAAGAUUUAAACGUUGUCAUAGCGACGAUAUAUUGAGUUUGGCUUAUCACUAUCGAGACUCGACCAUGGCCACAGCUUCCUACGAUGGCGAUAUCUUUGUAUGGUCGAUGGACACAGAAGACGUGGUCAUAGCGUUAAACAUGUUUGAAAGCAUUCUUCCAAUACAUCUUCCUCCAAAUAAAAAGCAUUCCUCCAGUUCAUCAAGGAUUCCACUGAGCAGUUCUACUAAGCGAACUCAAGCUUGGGGGUCGAGACAAGGUACCCCCACUGCUGGUACAUCGAACGUUGGAACAAACCUACAUACUCCCGAGUCGAAAAUUGAAAGAUGGUUUCCUGAUUAUUUACCUUGGAAUCACCAAAGUGACGUCACAAACGACCAAGACUCUGAGAGCGACGACGCCUCCAGUGAUGGUGGUAGUUGUGCCUCUACGGACCGAAAACAUUCGCCAGCAGAGAGAGUGGUGAAUAAAUUGAAAUUCUUACAAGGCCGUCGUAGCGAUGAAAACACAGCGACGUUGAUUGCCGCAGUUGCCAACGGAUUUGUAGCUGCGUGGUCGGUGCAUCAGAAAGGUGGUUUGCUCGGUUAUUUUGAAGCAGUGGCCCACAAGAACGAGGUGGUGUUGGCAAUGGAAACAGAUGAAGAUUCUGAGAUACUUAUAACGGGCGACAGUCGAGGUUACAUCAAAAUGUGGGACAUGUCGUCAUAUUGCAACGGAAGUGACGUCAAGCAGCGACGAGAAAGUUUUAAAACGUCAUCAGCGCCGUCAAAUGGGGACAAUAACAUUGGUUGUUUUACAGAUGGGCGUUUCACCGUACCGACCUACCAACCCUUUAGCAAACCCCCGCCUCUUAUUUGGUCACUGCGUGGCCACACGAAAGCGGUGACUUCGAUCGUCUAUAUUGAAGAAAAGGAAUUGAUAGGAACGGGUAGCACAGACUGCAGUGUUCGAUUGUGGACUGUGAAUGGAAGGUAUUUGGGAACCUUUGGACAGAAAGAACCAUGGAAGUUGCAGUUUCCUGUAAAGGAAAAGGAACUUUCAGUGCUUUGCCCUGAUGACGUGAGACGCGUGGCAUCUCCGACCACAUUACGGCAAAUAAAAGGCGGCGUACACAUACAAUGGAAACAAGUACAGCACGCUGUUAACUUCAUGGGGAAAGCAAGAGGCGUGUUUAACAUCACGAAGAAGAUGUCAACACAUCAAGAAGAGAUCAAGGAACAAUUUAAUGACGUGUGUAACUCUUUUAUCAAGGAGAAAGCGGUACGGAGGAAUACACUCAAUGAUCGCAGAGGAAGCAUGACUGUGUGGGUUGGGGAUUCCCCGCAUUCGAUACUAGCUGACUUAAAAGCUAAUCCAAUGGCGGAAAGAACGUUCCAGAAAAUUCAAAAGGAAGGAAUUAAGAGCGCCCACCUUGGAAAAAUUAACUACAAGCCAAAGAAUCGACACAAGGAGUCGAAAAUCGAUCGCGUCAUCAGAUGGAGUGAGCAGCACCCCAUAAUAUAUCGUGCUUUGCCAUAUUCUGACAUCGAAACACCUCAAACCAGGGAAAUACCAGAAUGCUUGCGACAUUGGUACCGUGGCGACACCAAACUUGCUAAACAUGCUAACAUAGUCAUAGCAAGACAACGAGCAUUGGGAUUUCUCAAACCAGUCAUCUGUUUCUCGCCAGAAGGAAAUUAUGACUAUUAUGCCAUGUCGCAAAAUCGGCAACAGACCCUAAAUAUCAGACAAGCAGAAAACAAAUGCAAAUCACUUGACGGAUGUUUGGCUUUUUCAAAUCUUGCCGAGGUGGAAAGGUUCUUGCUGAUGAAAAACAAGAGUAAUAGAACUGCAUGGUACAUCGGGUUGACAAAAACUGAACGCGGUUGGACUUGGUCUGAUGGAUCCCUUCUUAACGAUAAUUUGUCCAAUUGGCAGAUUAAUAAACAAUUGACCAAUAUUGACAAUUGCGUUGCUCUGACACAGUGGUCGAAUUACAAAUGGAUUGUUCGUAGUUGCUCAAGAGUUAUCAACUUCGUUUGUCAACGAGCAAUAGUGGUGGAGACUUCUAUACUACAUGAAGAAGCGUUUUACCCAGUGGUGGGCCUCUGUGGGUUGUUAGCCCUUUGCUGUGUGGGCCUUCUCAUCAUGUAUAAACGAAAAUCGACAGCGGGAGACCGAGCAAACCUCGUGAACAACGAAGUUGCAGUUGUACACCGAAAUGUUAUAUACCAAGCGGAAACCAUCGGUAAUUAUGAGGAAGUUUCACCCAGAUACGAUGAAGUAUGCCAUUAAAACUAUAAUAUCUUAUAACCCAGCACACUGCGUGCAUGAAAACAGAUUAUAGACAAGCCGUUAUUGCUACGUUAAAGCAACUUCCGCAUAUAUCACGUGACCGCUAAAUGUCCUGUAUAUGUCGUUACACUAUUCGUCUCGAAUCUACGUCAGUAACUGAGUUACUUCAUAUCAAUUGUGACCAUUUUACUUGGUGUCCUAUAAAGUCCGAAACCACUGGUCUUACACUACAUCGGCAUGUGGGUCCAAGCUUUCGUGAUAACUCGAUUUAUUUAUACAUCAAACUUGUUAUGUCUGUACUUAAUUAAAUAUAUCUAAAUGAAACAGAACCGCCCUCGAACUUUUAUAUUUACUAUGCGUGUAACAUGUAAUUUUAAAAUAUUUUAUGUGGUCUAUGUAUUUACUGAUUGCGUCAAUUUUACCUGUUUUCUUAAUUCUGUAACGUUGGUAAUACAUUUAAAUAUGGUCAGAUUAAAAUCGUUUUG